AUGUCAGACCCCAGCGAAGCGGGUGCGACGCCGCAUAUCACACAACGGGUAACGACAAUUCCUGGAGGAACUACGACAACGACGCGAACGACAACAUACACUGUUCGUAGUGUUCCUGUAAAGACGACGACAAGCUCCUACGCCGUCCGCUCGUCCGCGGUGGCGGCAGGCCCCACUACAAGAAAGGACAGCUUUACUUUCGAUGAUCUCAAACGCUAUUUCGAAGAUCAGGGCAAGCUGAUCAUGGAAGAUCCGCGGACGAAACACCUCAUUGAGUCUGGCCAGGCGACUUGGGAAGACGUCAAGAAGUAUCUGGAUACGCGCGCGCCACGAGCAUGCCCUGUAGAAGGAAGCAACGUGGUCUACAGUGCAACAGGUGGAUACUGGUACCCCGUCGUAACGGGCACAGCCAUGGUCGCUGCUCCCAACUCUAUUUUCGAGGUGGGGCCAGAUUCGGCGGAGAUCUGUAAUAAGAUAUCCUUCCGCCCCCGCCUUGAUGCGUACUACGACGCCAAUGGCAAGAGACUUGUUUUGUUUUUCGACCUUCCUGGGUUCGAGAAGAAGGAUGUCGAGAUAGAGUUGGACAAGGGCGCACUUGCAGUCUCUGGUGAACGACCGAAGUCGGACGACAGCACGACCACGCCAGACGGCAAGGAUCUCAUAAAAGAACGGCUCUUCGGGUUCUUCUAUAGGAAGUUCCAGCUGCCCGCAAACGCGGUGGAAGAUAGCAUCAAGGCUUCCAUGGAGCAGGGCGUACUGGAAGUGGCGAUCGGCCUCAAGGACGAAAGCACACCGACCAAAAAGAAAAUUGACGUGCAGUAG